AUCAUGAAGCGCGUGGAAAUAUAAUGCAGUAUAACAAGCUUAAACAUAAUUGAAAUUUCAGGUCUUAAACCCGUCUUUGUAACGGAUCAUAUAUUUACUAUGUGUCAUGUGGACGUAUGUAACUAACUAAAUAUAAUGAAGAUUUUGGAGUUUUUCAUUGUUUCUUUCCAAUAUAUAUUGCUCAUCAAUGGUGAGUUCGUAUGUUUAUUAUCGUAGUAUUCUGAUUAAAUAACUUGAUAGUACAUGUAUUUUAAUAAUAGGAAUUGUAACAGGGCUCCCUACUGCCGUAGUACUGUUUCCUCGAACCACCACAAAUGACAAUAAAUUAGAUUACGAUAUACUAUAGCUACAGAAAAUGGGAUUCUUUAUUCGUUUAAAUCUGGUGGAACCUUCCCGUCAGUGAACUUGAGUUGUUUUCACAAUAGUACUAUAAUACAUGUAGAGAGUAUCAAGUAUUUUUAUAAAGAAGACUUAUCUUCCAAUAGCCAGGAUUGUGGUCAGUCAUUGACUGGUAAUGAUACAGGUUCAAUAUCCACUUGUACGGGACAACCAUCACCAUGUACACAAUAUAUAUCUAAUUAUGAUAAUUGUACAAGGAGUGCUAUCAAAUAUAGAUGUAUUACAAGUGUAUCUCUGACAGGCUCUACUAUUACUAAUUAUGUAACUGCAACAACUGUUGAACAAACUUUGAUACCAGACGGAACAACAAAUAUACAGUUACUUAGUGAUUCAAGUACAGGUUCCUCUUUUACUAAAGCAAAUAAUGCAAAUAAUUCAUCUUCUAAUACUACAUCUAUUUUAACAUCGAAACCAUUAAUUAGCCAAAUAUCAACAACUGACCCAACACCAAACUCGUCAUCAAACUCAACAACUGAUGCAAAAACUGACCAAGCAACGGAAUCAACUUCAGACUCAAGAACUGCAACAACAUCAAAAUCCAAAUCAUCAAUUGGUGCAGCACCAAGUCAAACAACUGACCCAACAUCAAAAUCCAUGCGAACACCACAAAUUGAUCCAACAUCGAAAUCAACAAUUUACCAAACGUCAAAUUCAUCAACUGGUCCAACAUCAAGCUCAGCAACUGAUCCAACAUCGAAAUCAAUACCAACAUCAUCAAUUGGUUUAACAUCGAAUCCGACAAAUGACUCAACAACAACAACAGCUGAUACAACAUCAACUCUAACAAAUGAACCAACAUCAAAAUCCUCAAAAGACCCAACACCAUUCCCAACAACUGACCCAACAUCGAAAUCAACACCAAGAUCACCAAUUGAUUUAACAUCAAACCCAACAAAUGGCCCAACAUCAAAUUCAUGGGGUUCAAUAUCAAAUGCAACAACUAAUAUAAAAACUGACCCAAUAUCAAACCCAACAACUGAUCUAACAUCAUCAAUUGGUCAAACAUCAAAAUCCUCAACUGUCCCAAAACCAAGCCCAACAACUGAUCCAACAUCAAAUCAUCAAUAUGGCCCAACAUCAAACUCUACAACUGAUCCAACAUAUGGCCCAACAUCAAGUGUAACAACUGAUCCAACCUCAAAUCAUCAAUAUGGCCCAACAUCAAACUCUACAACAGAUCCAACAUAUGACCCAACAUCAAACUCAACAACUGAUCCAACAUCGACUGGUCGAACAUCAAAAUCUUCAACUAGUAAAACAUCAAGCCCAACAACUGGUCCAAUAUCAAAAUCAACAACUGACCUAACAACUGGUCCAAAAACAAGCCUAGUAAUUGGCUCAGCACCAAAGUCAACAUCAUCAAUUGGUCCAACUUCAAAAUACUCAACUGAAUCAACAACCAUCGAAGAUACAGUAAAUGAAAGCGGUGGAGAUAAAAUGAUAAUAAUUUGGUCUAUCAUUGCUGUUCUGGUUCUGGUUUUGAUAUUGAUAGCAAUGGUAACUAUAUGUAUAACAUUAAGAAAACGAAGAAAAAGGUCCAAUGUCUUAAAGCCUAAGUUUGAUGCAAAUUACUUCGUCCCAAUGGAGGGUCCUAGUUUAAAAACACAGGGCGAGAAUGAUAAACUUAGGAAAGCUAGUAUUGGUCCAUCUGGCAUACACAAGCGGUAUACCCCGGAAUAUGCUGUUCUCAAUACAACAGGUAAAGUAAUGUAUGGCGAUGGUACUGAUGGAGUAUCUAACAAUAGCGAAUCCUCAAAUAUGGAAAUACUAGAGAAUGAUCUAUAUGUUUCUUACGAUUCAUUCAAGAGACACGAUGAUCAAAAUGCCUCCACAGCAAAUACUAUACCAACACAUCAAGUAAUGACUAUUGAUGGCACUGUUGGUGCAUCUACAUGUAACGAUAACGAGCUGUCAUAUAUGGAAAUGUUAGAAAUUGAUCUGCACAGUCCUUACCAGCCAUCUGACAAUCCAGAUCACCAUGACCCUUCUUCAACCAAAGCUAUAUCUACAGAUCACCGUGGUGCGCCUUCAACCAGUUCUAUACCAACCGAAGAGUUGUUGUUUUAUUAACAAAAAAACUAUUCUACAAAUGAUUCUCUAGACAACAUGUGGAAUAUGGAAAUCAUGGCAAACGAUUUCUAUGAUCCUUUGUGGUAUUCCGCUAAGACAUUUUUGAAACCGUUGAAAAGUAAUGUGUAAGAUGAUGCCCCAAAACCUGGAUACAAAUAGUCAAAUUCUGAAACGUUUAGAAAACAAAAUUUUCGACAAAAGGAAUAAAAAUGGGAAUACGCCAAGCGCUCGUCCACCAUAAAUAGAAAUCUUAGAAAGUGAUUUACUGGUUACUUUAGAAAAAUGAUUUAUACGUUAUUUUAAAAUUAGAAAAAUGAUUUAUACGUUACUUUAGAAAAAUGAUUUAUAUGUUUUUUAGAAUAGAAAAGUGUGUGAUUUAAUUUCUGUAGAUAAUGUUAGAUAGUAUAACGUAUUUGAAAUCUAUCCGAAAAUACACAGAUAUGAAUGUGUAGAAAAUGCAUGUAUAUGUUCGUUUAGUAAAAUCGUUGUACACAA